AUGGGGAGCCGAGACGGUGGCGAUGAGGCGAUGAGGGAAGCGCAGGAGGAGGAAGAAGAGGAGGAAGAUACUGGCAAUCUGGUGGACUCGCCUCCCACGACUGGCGGCGGUGGAGGUGGUGGGUCUUCAGAGGUCGGGGGUGGUGGCGGAGGUGGAAGCGGAGGAGUGGUGAACAGUAAAGUGAAGGGGCCCUGGUCGCCGGAGGAAGACACGGUGCUAAGUAAACUGGUGAGCAAGUUCGGGGCGAGGAAUUGGAGCUUGAUCGCUCGGGGUAUUCCAGGCCGGUCUGGUAAAUCUUGUAGGCUCAGAUGGUGUAAUCAGCUUGACCCUUGUUUGAAACGGAAGCCUUUCACUGAUGAAGAAGACCGUAUCAUUAUUUCAGCUCAUGCUGUCCAUGGAAACAAAUGGGCAGCAAUCGCAAAAUUACUGCCCGGUAGAACAGAUAAUGCUAUUAAGAAUCACUGGAAUUCAACUCUAAGGCGCAGGUAUUCUGAGCUGUCAAGAUUCAAACGUGCAGCUGUCAACAUGAUGCUAAUGGAAAAUGGAAGCUACGACAGAACGAAGGCAUCAUCCUCAGAAGAAACUCCUUCGGUUGGUGAAGGCAAUUCAGUACAACCCAUUGAACAGCGAGAUGUUGCAAUGGAAGAAAGACCCCAGAUGGAUGAGGAGAUUUGUAACACUCGGGAUGUGGUUCACUAUGCCCCGGUCUUACCCCAGGAACAGGCUCCUAGCCUUCCUCGUCCUGUGCCGAGAAUCAGUGCAUUCAGUGUUUACGUUCCUCCCAAUGGCCCAAAAUCCAGCAGUGCAGCCUGUCACAUAAGACAAAUUCCAAACCACAAACCUUUGGUCCAAUCUUUAAAACACGACUCUUUUGGAAGUGGAAAGUUUCUUGAAGGAGUUUGCAGCGAGCCGACAGUUCCUCCAAAAUGUGGGUUUGGCUGCUGCUCAACACCAAGUGGUGGUAGCUUGUCCGGGAGCUCGGUAUUGGGACCCGAAUUUGUCGACUACGAAGACUCAUCACACCCCUCUUUCUCAAGUCAGGAGCUAAUCUCGAUCGCGACAGAUUUGAACAACAUAGCUUGGAUAAAGAGUGGGCUUGAGAACAGUAAUAACAGUUUCUUACAAGGCAGUGCUGCUGCAAGCCAGAGAAUCGUCCCUCAAGCACCAGCCUUGGCUUCACAAAUGGGAAUGCCUGAACAGAACUUCAGAAAUGGCCAUAUGGAUGGUCAAACUAAGUUCGUCGGGGUGAUGCCAGAUCAUAUGUCAUAUGCCUGCUAG